CCUCCACCUGAGCUCCAUCUCUGCACACACACCCCUCUCUGUCGUCCCCUGAGCCAGAUGGAAACCUCUGCCUCUCCCGGUGCUGCCGCAGCUGCACAGCGGCUGCUCCUGCUGUAGCCAGGCCGCUGUAGGACACCGCAGGGCGGGGAAGCAUCGUCGCAGGGGGCCGGUGUUGUGGAGCGGAUCUCUGGAGCUCUGACAGCGUCUCCUCCCUCAUGCUGCACGCUGCGGACCCGCAGAUAGAUGCACGGAAACACACACUUUUCCUUGAUGCGUAAUUGCAGCAGUGAGAGAAGCUGCAGGAGCCGAUUUAUUUCAGUGUGAGCUGCAGAAAAGGAGGAAGGAUGAGCCGCAGACGAGGGACAGGAGGACUCCUCUCCGUGUUCCUUUUCUUGUGUCUGCUGUGGACACAGCUGCUGGUCACAGAAUCGUCCUCCGGUGAUCAUGAGCUUCGUCUUUUCCCUUCUCGUCGCUCCAGUCAUCUCCCUCCACCCCUUCACCGCCAGCACGACCUGAACUCGCAGCCUGAUGUGGACAGCCUUCCAGAGACCCACCCCCACCACCUCCACCACCACCACCACCAUCAUCAUCACCACCUCCACCAUCAGCACCCUGCCAGGUUAGCCAAAGUGAUGCCCGCCGCCCUGCUGGAGUCUCGGUUUCGUCAUCAGCCUGGCGGCCAGCGAACCCUCGACCUUCUGGCACGACCACAUCACGAGGUGCAGCCGGAGCACGCUGUGGUGUCCGCACGCCAUCUGGUUACCGUGUACCUGGCUGUGGAUGUGAGGAGGCUGAACGUCAGUCUUCUUCGCUGGUUUCGGGAAGGCGUAGCGGCAGCGCUGGGCGUUCCUCCGGGACACGUGCACAUCAACCGGCUGAAUGAGAAGAAGAAUGGCAUCGAGCUCUUCGUGUCCUCUGAUAGGCUGGGGAUCUCCGAGCCCCGCCCCGCUGAAGAGGUCAUCCAGUCACUGAACGUCAGGGUCCUUCAUCGCCACCUGGGGCACUUUGGCAUCACAGAGGUCUCCACUGAGAAAAACGUGCUGCAGGGCGAGCAGAGGGAUCACGUGUGGAGCAGAGAGGGUUUCUACGCCGUCGUCCUCUUCUUCACCGUCUUCGUCAUCGUCAUCACCUGCUUGAUGGUUUUGUACCGACUUAAGGAGAAGGUUCAGGUUUCUGACAGACAGUUGAAAGCCCCGCCCCCUGAUGUCCACCUGACCCCGACUGUCCAAUCAGACUCUGCCCAGAAGUCAAAGGGCGCCAAGGUUGUGACGUCAGGAAGUAUGGUCCAAGCCCAGCUCCCUCCAGCUGUAGCCACGCCCAUUCCCCAGCCGCCGCCAAUCGUACCCUGCCGCCGCCUCGCUCCUCCUGUCGUCCCUCUGCCCAGCUCCGCCCCCGUCCCCAUCAUCAGCAGUAACAACCACGCCCCCCUGGCCAGCGUUGCCCCGGUGACAGCCGCUAACGAGCUAAAGCCCUGCCCCUCCCCCUUCAGGAUGAAACCUGCUGCAGGCCUGCAAGAAAGACGUGGCUCUAACGUCUCUCUGGUGUUGGACAUGUCGGCUCUCGGCUCUGUGGAGCCGCUCAACGUUGCUGUGGUAACCCCCAGGGAGGCGGCGGCCAGGGAGUACCUGCUGUCAGCCGGCCGGCCUCUGACGCGACAGCAGCUCCGCGACGUCGUCAUCAACACGCACAAGCUGCAUGCCGAGUUCGCUGAAAUCCCCAUGAAUUUCAUCGAUCCGAAAGAGCUCGAUAUUCCAAACCACGGGACCAAGAACAGAUACAAGACCAUACUGCCCAAUCCUCAUUCCAGAGUGAUCCUGAAGUCAAAGAGCUGCAACGACUUGCUGAGCUCCUACAUCAACGCUAACUACAUACGGGGUUACCUAGGCGAAGAGAAGGCGUUCAUCGCCACCCAGGGUCCCAUGGUGAACACGGUGAACGACUUCUGGCAGAUGGCGUGGCAGGAGGAGGCACCCGUCAUCGUCAUGAUCACCAAACUGAAGGAGAAGAACGAGAAGUGUGUCCUGUACUGGCCGGAGAAGAGGGGAAUCUAUGGGAAGGUGGAGGUGUUGGUGAACAGCAUCAGAGAGUGUGAACACUACACCACUCGCAGCCUCACACUCAAGUGUGGGAAUCAAACCCGCGUGCUGCAGCAUUACUGGUACACAUCAUGGCCCGACCACAAAACUCCCGACUCCACGAUGCCGCUGCUGCAGCUGAUGACUGACGUUGAGACAGACAGACGGACGGCUGCCGUCAUUGGACCGGUCAUCGUCCACUGCAGCGCUGGGAUUGGCCGAACAGGCUGCUUUAUCGCCACGACGAUAGGCUGUCGACAGCUGCAGCUGGAGGGAGUGGUGGAUGUUCUGAGCAUCACCUGCCGACUGCGAGCUGACAGGGGAGGUAUGAUCCAGACAGGUGAGCAGUACGAGUUCGUCCAUCACGCCUUGAGCCUGUACGAGGCCCGCCUCUCUGCAGAAACUGGCCAAUGAGCUCACACCACCACCACAGGAGGCAUUGACUUAAACCUGGAAGUGCGCUAACAUAGCGAAGUCCUUAUAGCAGGUAUGAUCUCGGAGGUCUUUGAGUUUGAUGGACAACCAAUAAGGACUGUUGUGGGCGGGGCCUGCUGACGGAAAGAGGAAAGGUACAUUUCAGGAAAUGGAAUAUACCCCUUCUUCUUCUUCUCUGCUGUUUCUUCUUCGUGUGUUGUUGGCGAGCGAUUCUUUGGAGGAACUCGAAAGACUCACUUCACUUCUCUUAACUGACUGUGGGAUCGUGUCGUUUUUAACUAACCAGACUGUCCUGUUACCUCUUUUCUGUCAUGGAGACGUAGAAAUAGUUCGACUGGAAUUGAUCAACAUUGUUCAAUAACACUGUUGUGUUUCUGUGUCUUAUAGGAUUUAAAAAUUAUUUUGUAACGUGGUGUUCUUAUGAGAAAGACUAUUGAAAAAUGACUGUUAGCUGGUUGCACCUUUGGUUAAGCUAAUAUACCACUGUUGAACCAACCCCUCCUGCCACACCGCCUUUGUGACUUCGGUCCUUCGUACGUUACCUGUGAUUCCCAACAAACACUUGAUGUAUCUUCAAAGGUAUUUUCAUGAUCUCAUAGAUGUCUUAACCACUGAAACUUAUUUUAAACUUCUCAGAAAUACUAAGUGUGUCAGCCCAAGUCACCUGACACUUGAUAACUACAUUUUUUUCAUAUUUAUAUGCUAACAAUACUUUAUGAUAUGUUUCCAAGUGUGCUAUUGUGUUUAACCAGACGGUGUUGAGUACGCAAGCUUUAUUUUGUUGUAUACAGUGCUACUUAAUUUGUAAUCGAGUAAUUUUUCAUCAAAAACCAACUUUGUAAUCUUUAUUUCUAGUAACUGCGUCUGUCUUUGGGUCGGUAACUCACGGAGUGCCGAAGUCACAAAUGGCGCUAACCUUCAGCCAUAGCUCAAAUGCUAAAGCUAACAAACCAAUGUAACAAAUAAGCUCCUGCUAAGCUAGCUCUCGUAGUACAGAAAUCUUCCAUAGAGGCUAAUUCUAGCUUUGGUGGCUCAGUGUUAAUUCUUGUGCUUUAAUGUCAAUAGAUAGAUGCUAACCUAUAAGCUCAUGCUAAUAUUAGCCUGCUAUGCUAAUGCAAUAUUGUUUAAACCAAUUAAAUCCAGUAUUCCACCGCUAAACCAUGCAUUUAAAGUAGUACUUAGUUUGCUACAACAAUUAUUCUUUAUACUGUCCAACAACUACAGCUCCCAUGAGCCUUUGAAAGCAGUACCGAGUCUAAGAAUUAUGGGAGCUGUACUUUUUAAAUGCUAACAAAAUAAUUGUUUUAUCUUUUAUUUUAAAUUAACAACACCCAAAAACACAUAAAGAAAUGGAGGCUAGUAGAAAAACAAGCUAGCUUAAAAGUAGCCGCUCGCUUCCAGUCAUAAUAUAUUUGAUUAAUUGAGCCCAGUACUGUUAAAAUAUUUUGACAUUUACGUCAAAGUUUAGUUUUCAGCUCUCAGCCAAAUUAAAAAAGCAUAGUUUUCUGAGAAAUGUUGUGGUGCUUGAUCUCAGAAUUUACACUCUGCACAGUGGCUAACCUUGUUUCUUGCAUCGACAAUUCCCCUGUUGUGUGACAAGUUGCUUUAUACCAAAAAUGUGAAAGAAUUUACGUCACAAUGGUGCAGUUAUCUCAUCGAUGUGCUGUUGUAAAUUGUUAUCGAGUGAGUACGUUAUUUUUGAUGCAUCAAAGUAAUAAUAACUUUAUUUUUAUACUGUUUUUACAUGUUUUCGAUGUGUUUUAGCAGCUGUCAGCCAUCUCUCGACUCGCAUGUAAGCUCGCUAUUUAGGAUUCAAACCUCAUCAUCUCUGAAUCGUCAACUUAACAAGCUGAGUGGAAAUAAUUAUUGACUCUUUGUUUUUCGUCUGAGCCAGAAAAGUGAUGUUUGAAUAAGCACCCCUGUGUACGGCUCCCUGUGUUUAUGAUAGAGCAGUAAUUUUUAAUUUUUCAGAUGUCCAACAUAAGAACGGAUCGCAAAACAAAAAUCGGAUGUUUUGUCACUUCCUGGUUUGUUGAUAUGGUUUAGAGAUGUGAGGUUUCUGCAGUAAUGCCAGUAACGAAGAACAUUAACAUUAUACAUCUAACCUGCUCUGUGCGUGUGAUCGGGACAACUUGUACAGUACGUGUUAAAGUGCUAUUAAACCUAAUGUGGGCAGUUAAAUUUCCAAUCCACAGACCACAAACAAACACGGAGAUCUUGCUGCUAAAACUGGAGCGUUGGGACCGCUGGGACCGUUGACGGACAAUAAAUGAGAGAAACUUUGAAAACUCCUCUUUUUCUAUGUAUUUUUUAUUUAUUUCUUUUCUUGUGAUACAAUCAAGGGACUUUGGACCAGUGUCUCUUUGUCUACAUGUCCAACAUGCCUCCAUGGGACCAUUAACCCAGUUUUCACUUCAGUCAGUUCAGGGUCGAUCUCAGACUCAAAGUGGUUAAAAAUCUGGCGCACUGAAGUGUGAUAGUGACGUAAGAUCCUGUUUGAACUGACUGAAGUGAGAGUGAGUUGAGCCCAGCCUCCAUACCCACUGCAGAAGCGGGUACAACAACACACACUGCCUCUGACUUAGUAUUGUGUAUAUACAGUAGGUGGUGGUUCAUGUCCUGUACUUUAUUGUUGUUGACUGUUCGAUUGCUCUUAAAGGGACACUUGACAUUUUUAGACAGAACAAAUAUACUGUAUUCACUUUAAUUUAAUUGUAUAACAUUUUAUUUUACUGGUUUAUAAUGUUAGGAUUGCACUUUGUGGAUGAGGUUUUAUUUUACAGGUUACAUAGUAUCCACUAGUUUUCUAGUGAGAAAUUAUUUGUAACUGCGUAUUUAUUGGAAGUUUCCCGUAAAGGACUCUGCAGUAUGAAACUGAAAAUAACUAGUGUUCGAUUGGUACUCUUGUAAUUACAAAAUUCCAGUUAAUUGUUGUUGAUUCUUGUAGACAGUGCAGGCCAGCUGAAUAUGCAAAAAUGUGGCAACAGGCAAACACACAAUUCAACAUAUACGGACAAAGAAAGUUUCGAAAGUCCUCUGGACAUCAACAAAUGUUUAUAAACUCAACACAACUAAAGUUUUUGUCUAUUUUCUGUGAGCAGUACCAAAUUAUAUAGCUGAGUUCUUUCCAGGAAACUUGCUACAAAAAUAUUGGGAACUCACAGACCCCAAAAAUAAAACCUUAACUUUUAGUGUGCACCCAGGCACUAAUUAAGUUCCUGUGAGCUUUCCUCAGAAUAAUCUGUUUAGCCCCAUCACUUAAUCGUUGUCACCUGGAUCAGAACUUCCGGUCGCAGUUUACGAUGCUACUGCACUUUACUCCACGGUAACAUUUAGUCUAAACCAAAGAAACUGAAGCCUGAUUAAAGAUGUAAAAUUGCAUGUGAAAUGUGAGGAAAAAGCUGACAAGAUAAUCGUACCAUAACAGC